UUAGACCAUAGAAUCGAAUUACUACCUUUUCAUUUCACAUAUCAAAUCAUCUUAUUUCGCAAUAAAUUAAUCGCCGAUUUGGAAAAACGCUUGGCCGGCAUCGCUCUAAAGCCGAUCCCGACUGCCGACGACGGCCGGAACCGAAAAAAAGCCGCCGUCGCCGCUUGUCGCCGCGCUCGGUCCGAGUUCUCCCUAAUCGCUCGCCUCCUUCUCCGUCGAGAUUUCUCUCUUCUUUCUUUGUUCGGUUUCGUUCGUCUUGCUAGGGCUUCUGCACCCGCCGAAACCGAAGCUGUUCGUAUAAUUAUUCUUAUAUUUUACAACUGCAUGAUCGCGAGUUGUCUUUCCGCUCGCCGCAGUUGCCGCCGGAGCUGAAGCUUGUUACGCCGAGCGAUGUCGAAAAAGGGAGGCGCGGACGCGUUUUACGUCGUGAGGAAGGGGGAUUUGAUUGGAAUUUACAAGACUCUGAAGGAUUGCCAGGCUCAAGCCGGGUCUUCUGUACAUUCUCCAUCCGUGAGUGUGUAUAAGGGCCAUGGUCUAGCAGAGGAGGCAGAGGAACAUCUCAAGUCACAUGGUCUUAAGAAUGCUUCUUAUACCAUUAGUGCUGCCGACUUGAAAAAUGAUAUUUUUGGGGAACUUGUUCCUUGCCCAUUUCAGCAACCAGCCUCUACAAGAGGAGCAUCAUUGAACAAGGCACUGCCUACAAAGAGAUCAGUGGAAGCACUUCAGUGGGACCAUAAGGCGGUUGGACCAACUUCAGCUUUGAUCAAUCAUCAGAGCAAACAUUUGAAGUUAAAUGAUGGUACUGCAAGUCAGCCAGCAUCUUCCAAUUGUAGCUCUUGCUCACUAGAAUUUGAUGGAGCUUCGAAAGGAAACCCUGGACCGGCUGGUGCGGGAGCUAUCCUGCGUGCUGAUGAUGGGAGUUCGGUUUGGCGAUUGCGUGAAGGUGUGGGAAUUGCAACUAAUAACGUUGCUGAAUAUCGGGCUCUAAUUAUGGGAUUGAGACAAGCUUUACAGAAAGGGUUUAAGAAAAUUCAAGUCCGUGGGGACUCAAUGCUUGUCUGUAUGCAGAUUCAAGGAAAAUGGAAACUAAAGAACCAGAAUAUGGCCGACUUGUGUCAGGUGGCCAAAGAGCUCAAGGACAGGUUUACUACUUUUCAGAUCGAUCAUGUUCGUAGGGAAUUCAACUCCGAAGCCGAUGCCCAGGCGAAUCUAGCUAUCGCUCUCAAGGAUGGUCAAGUUGAAGGGGAGUGUGGACAGCAAUAGCUCGAGCAUGGAGCCGUCAGCUGCUUCCUGUUGUGCCCUCAGAUUGUUCUGGAAGAGAGAGAGAGAGAGAGAGAGAGAGAGAGAGAGAGAGUUGCACUCUUUGCUUGGGACUUGCAUUGCUACAGGAAAAGAGCUGCAUUAACAUGUGUCGACAAGAAGGGUACUAACAUACGAAUUAUGCAUACUGCCAAUUUCCUCUGAAACUAUGCUGCAGCUAUUCUUUUGCUCGAGGUUAUGUUAAUGGGCAGUGAAAACCCAGUUGUUGAUUUCUGAAGUGGAGAAUCAUGUUGGACCAAUUGAAAUUGCUUGAUGGAGGAAAUAACCAGUGCUUCCCAUGCUUCA